AUGACUACCUACCACGGACACUGUGCCUGCGGUCAGACCAAGUGGGAGGUCACCCUCGAGCAAGACCAGGCCUCGCACGUCCUCUGCCACUGCGACACCUGCAAGUACCUGUCCGGCAGCGCCUUCACCCUUAACCAGAUCGUCCCCAAGAGCGCUCUCAAGUUCACCGCGGGCGGCGACGACCUCAAGGCCUACACCUACACCGGCGAGUCGGGCAAGCCGGUGCACUGCUACUACUGCCCCAACUGCACCACCCACCCUUACCACCACCAGACAGUUCUCGGCGACAAGAUCAUCCUCCGCACCGGCCUGCUGGACGAGAGCAAGGACUUCAAGCCCGCCGCCGAGAUCUUCGGCAAGGCCAAGCUGGCCUGGGAGAAGGAGGUCGCCACCACCUUUGAGACCCUCCCUCCUUCGUAA